AAACAAUCUUUAAAAAAAAAUAAUGAGGGUGUAUUAUAUUGAAGGUUAGGCUUAUAAGGAACUUUAUAGAAUCAGGAAUUUGAGAGAACAGAAAAGGAAAAAAUAAAACACCAAAAAAUCUAGUCUAAUUCCCAUAUUUUGCUUGCAUAUGCUUUAGUAAAAACUGUACUAUUUAUUUUUAAGCAGUACUUUAUUAAUUAUAGAAACUUGUUGCAGUUUACUUAAUACCUGUAAUUGGUUAUGUGAUCUCUAAUUGAACAUCUCUGUCAAUGAAAUCUUAUUAUUGCCUGAAAGAGAUCUAGAACACCAGUUUUAACACAAAGUUAUUUCAGUGAAUCAAAGUUUUCCUCCUUUAAAUUUAUUCUUGUAUGUAAUAUUCUAUGCCAGAGGUCAACAGAGAGUAUCAUUGCAAGUACACAUUCAGACACACAGAAGUGUACAUACCUCCAACAAUUACAGGCAGUAUUUUUUCUGAUAUAUAUCUCACAUAUAUCUAUAUCUAUGUUUAUAUCUAUAUCAUCUCUAUCUAUCUCUAUCUCUAUCUCUAUCUCUAUCUCUAUCUCUAUAUCAUAUCUAUAUAUAUCAUCUAUAGUUAUAGCUAUAGUUAUAGGUAUAGAUAUCUAUAUAGAGAGAAAAUUAAUUUUGGUGAAAGAAAUUUAUUAAUUUUAUCAUAAAUUUUAGUCCUUUCAAACCCUAUAAUUUCAUGACUUGAAUGAAUUACCUCUCAUCAAUCUUGUUUUAACAAAGAGAACCUCUACCCAUUCCUGGAUCUACUUGGUCCUGAUGCCAUAAAUGACUGGGUUGAGGGCAGGGGAUAUGACUACAUAGAGGUUAGCCAGGAGGAUAUGGAUAUACUCGGUGAUGUCAUGACCAAAGCGGUGAGUGAGGAAAGAGAAGAGAGCUGGACCAAAGAAGACCAAGAUAACACAAAUAUGGGAGCUACAGGUAUUCAGAGCUUUCAGGCGGGCAUCUUGGGAAGGGAGGUGGAAGAGAGCAUAUAGGAUCCUAAUAUACGAGACAAUGAUAAGAAGCACAUCCAGAAACAAGAUAGAAAUAUUUUCCAAGACCAUAGUAGACAUUGGCAUUAAUGCUGGCACAAGCUAGACGUGCCACUCCCAUGUGCUCACAAUAGGUAUGAGGGAUGAUUCUGUGUCCACAGUAAGGCAGCCUCAGGAGGAAAAAAAUGAUGGGAACAAUCAUGCAUAAGCUUCUUAGUACCACUAUCACAGCAAUUACACCAUCACUCUGUUGGUAAGAAUCAUGCUGUACCUGAGGGGGUUGCAAAUAGCCACAUAAUGAUCAAAACCCAUGGCAAGAAGUACAAUGCUCUCCAUGACUGUAAAAAAGUGGAUAAAAAACACUUGAGCAACACAGCACCCAAAGCACAGCUCCUGAAGGCUGAACCAGAAGAUCCCCAGCAUCAUGGGGAUGGUAGUAGUAGAGAGACUUAGGCCAAUCACUGACAGCAUGGCCAGAAAGUAGAACAUAGGUUGGUGAAGGCUAUGAUCAACCCAGAUAACAAACAGAAUGAUAACAUUUCCAACAAGAGCAAUCAGAUACACAGCACAGAAGAGAAAUACAAGCCAGAUUUGUGCAACUUCCAACCCUGGAAUCCCCAGCAAUAGGAAUGAAGAAGGAUGGGAUUCAGUGACAUUGGGAGAAGACAUUCUCCAGCAGGCUGACGAUGGUGUGAUUUUUAAAAGUUGUUGGUGGUUCCCACUGGACAAUUCAUCCACAGUUAACUGAGAUCUACAAAAAUUAAAAAUAAAAACAUUCCUUAACAAAGGAUUCAUAAUGGGAACAAAUUUUUCUAAAGGCCUUUGAUUCUUUACCCCUUUUCAGCUCUCCAUAAAUAAUCCCAGUAUCACUCCUGACCUGCAGCAUAAGUGUUAAAGAAUGUAGAAGCUAACAUUGUGUCUUUCCUAAAAUGAUGGGUUCAGAGGAAUUAAAUGCAUUAAUUUUCCUCUUCCUGAAGAAAUAAAUACUAUUAGGAGAUAAUAAAAUUGAUCAUAAUAAUAGCCAGCACAAUAAUCAUGGUUAUCAUUAAUUGAGUACCUACAAUUUUUCAGACGUUGUUGUCAUUAUUUGCAUACACUAUCUCAUUUAGUUCUCUCCCCCCCCACAAUUCUGUGACACAAGUUCUCGUUUAUGGAAGAGAGAGGUUUUGAUAAGCUCAUUAACUUCCCGUUGCUAAUAAGCAGCAGAAUCAAGAUGUGAAAUUAAGAGAAACUAAGUUUUGUGACACUGAUAUGGACCUGUGUUUGCAAACUUAUUAGUGAAAGUAAUGAAAGGAUAGAGAGAGAGAAAGAUAAGGGGUGGAGAAAUAAAGGACCUAGAAUAACCAAACUACCUCAAAGAAGAAUAAAUCUGGAAGAUUUUCAUUACCAAAUAUUGAGAUUUUCUAUAAAACUAUGAUGAUUAUGGCAGCGUUGCUAUUUAAAAAAAAAAGAAAGAAAAAGAGACAAUGGAACAGAACUGAGAAUCUAGAAGGAGAUCCACAUAAUUCUUAGGGUAUGCCCAAGUAGCAAUUUUAAGAUAUGUUGGCAAGGGGCAAUGAUAAUCUGUGAAGUUUCUUCCCCAUAUAAAGAUCUUUCUGAAGAACCUGUUGACUUCUGUAACUGGUGAGAGGGAAAUGUGACAUCAGAUCUAAUUUGCUUCCUGGAGCUGACCAAACCACAAAUUUGAGGGCACAGUUCUUGAUACUGUUCUCACGUCUGACAUCAACUGCAAGUUCAGGAAGGUUCCCAUACUACCUCCAGGUUCACUAAUCUACUAGAACGACUCACAGAACUCACUGAAAGCUAUUAUACUCAUGGUUACAGUUUACUAUAGGGAAAGAUUAAAAUCAUAAAUCAGACAAAGGAAGAGAUGCUGAUGGUAGAAUGUGAAGUUUGCAAAUGUGAAGCAUCCAUUGUCCUCCCUCAUGGAGUCAGAAUGAGUUACCCUCCUGGAAUUAAUGUGUGACAAUAUGCAUAGUUAUAUUGCCAACCACAGAGGCUCACCUGGGCUUUGGUGCCCAGAUUUAUGUAUAUAUGAUUGAUUGAUUGCACACAUGGUUGAACUCAAUCUCCAGAUUGGUUGGUGCCACAUGACCCAAAGUUCUCACCCUAAGUUAUAUCGUUGGUAUUUAUAGUGUGGUCAGCCCUUACACUGAGAUAGAGUUUGACCACUCCUCAUCCUAAACUCCUAUCAGAUAUGACAGAUAACUUCCUAGAAACCAAAAACAAAGGCCAGACCUCUUUUUGGGUAAGGCAAAAUUCCUCACUAUACAUCUAUUCGUUUAGUUCCAAAGAUAUUUUUUGUUAUUGUAACAAGCUAUGCUUUUCACCUCUUGGCUUAUCUUGGCUCAUGGCAUCAAUCAUGAAUUUGGGUCACCCAAUAAUCAAGUUUGAAUUCAGUUUAAUCCUUUUGAAAUAUAAAGCAUGGAGAGAGACCAACAACUGAUUACCAUAUUGUGUCCUUUUUUAUAUCAAGGGUAUAGAAUGUGUAGAAUCAGUUCAAUUAUAAAGGAAUUCAAACUCAUUACUCUCUCCUUUUUUGCCUACUAUGGCUUUUUUUUAAACUUUGUGUCUCACUCACUAUCAAAGCAGUAUGGGAAAAGAAGCAGAAGUAGACACCAUGCAAUAUCACUUGCAUUGUGGCAUGGGAUAGAGUCCUGAUUCUAUUCUUGCUGGCCUUCUGACCUUAUGUAAGUCACACAUAUUCUGUAUUUCAGUUUCAUCCAGAAAUAAACAUAGUACUAUCUAUCUCAGAUUAUUAUUGGGUUGAGUAGAUGAGGUUAUAUAUGCCUGAAAUAUUACAGGUGUAGAUAUUUCCUCUCCAAUCUUAGUCUUCCUCCUACCUUUCCCCAGACCAGUGAUCUGUACCAUUCCCAGUCCCAAUACUCUAGGUCUUAACUCAAUUUCUGUGAAGCCAAAUUCCAAUCUUAAGCACACAUUGCAGACGCAUUGAUCACAAACACUUACCACGUUCCCUAUGUUCCAUUUUAGGAAGUCAUUUGGCAACUGUGAAUUUAAUUACUGAAAUUAUGUAUUUAUACACCCUCAAUAUGCCCUAAGAGAUGUUUAUAAAUUGUCCUUGCGUGUGUGUGUUGAGGGGAUUUAUAAUGAAGUCUCCAGGUGCCAGAGAGUCUCAGACAUUGGAAUUAAAAUGAAUAGGAAUUCCCUUUUGUCAUUAAACUUGCUGAAGAGAAGCUCUAGGGAAAUCCCCAUGAACCUUGCUGUCUGCUAUUUGGCCGAUUGUCAGUUCUUGUUAUUUCACAUAAAAUAUACAACAGGUAGUAUUUUACUUUAUUUUUCUCCUUCCUUUUUCCUUAUUCUCUGUUUCCAGUCUUUGAAAUGCUUGGACUAAGUCUUUGGGCUUUUUGGGGUAUCUAUAUUACCAGCAAUUUUUUUAAAUUAUAAAAUAUACAUGAAAGUGCCAUUUUAACCAUUUUAAACUUUACAAUUCAGUGGCACUUAGUACAUUCACAACAUUGUACAACUGUUAACACUAUCUAGUUCUAUAAAAUUUCAUCAAUUCAAAAGGAAAUCCUAUGCCCAUUAAUCAAUCACUUCCCAUUCUUCCAGCUCUAGGCAGUAGAUUAUUAGAUCUGAUCUCAAAUUUUUCUCAACAGUUAGAAAAGUCAACAGCUAUUGAAAAAGAAACUUCAUAUGGGAAAGAAACUUCACUGAUUAACAUUCACUUUUGCCAAUUUAUCUUAAAUUUCUACAUGGGGAAAGAAACUUUAAAAGGUGGUCUAUAUAUGCAAUGGAAUAUUAUACAUUCUUUAAAAAGAAGGAUAUCCUGUAUUGCAACAACAUGGAUGAAUCUGUGGACAAAAUACCAAAGUGAAAUAAGCCAGUCACAUAAAGACAAAUAUUACAUGAUCUCAGUUAUUAAGGAAUCUUGAAAAAAAAAAGCCAAACUCACAGUAACAUAAAGUAGAAGGGUGGUUACUAGGGCCUGGGGCAUCAGUAAAAAGGGGAGAUUAAAAAGAAAUCAGAAUGGAGCCUGGGUGGCUCAGUGGGUUAAGUGUCUGUCUUCAACUCAGGUCAUGAUCUCAUGGUUUCUGAGUUUGAGUCCCUCAUUGGGCUCUCCGCUGUCAGCGCAGAGCCCACUUGGGAUCCUCUGUCUUCCUCUCUCUGCCUCUCCCUGGCUCACAUUCUUUCUCUUGCUCUCUCCCUUUCUCAAAAUAUGUAAAUAAACAUUCUUUAAAAAGGGGGUUCUUGGGUGGCUCAGUCGGUUUAGUGUCUGACUCUUGCUUUCAGCUCAGGUCAUGAUCUCAUGGUUUGUGAGUUCAAGCCCUGUGUCAAGCUCUGUGCUGACAGUGCAGAGCUUGCAUGGGAUUCUCUCUAUCACUCUCUCUCUGCCCGCCCCCCCCCCCAGUCACUCACACUAUCUCUCUCUGUCAAAAUAAAUAUUAAAAAAUAAAAGUUAUUAAAAAAAAGAGAGUUACCCAAUUACCCUUUGCAAAGAGCAGAAUCUCUAAUGUUUGUAACCAACUACUCAUACUAAGACCUGUAGCACACCACCCAUAGCACUCUAACACACACAGAGUUCUUACAUCUUACCAGGACCUUGAUAAAGAAAAGGUCAUAACGAGAGUGAGAUACCUACGCCUCAACAGGAAUUCAAUGACACUUGCUGGGAGAAUGACUUCCAUCAAUGACACCCACUUCCAUCCCCCCUUGUUUCACCUGCUAGGAAUCCCAGGACUGGAAACUGUACAUAUCUGGAUUGCUUUCCCAUUCUGCAUUGUGUACCUGAUUGCCCUUGUGGGGAACAUCACCAUUCUCUUUGUGAUCAAGACUGAACACAGUCUCCACCAGCCCAUGUUCUACUUCCUGGCCAUGUUGUCUAUGAUCGAUCUGGGUCUGUCCACGUCCACCAUCCCCAAAAUGCUGGGCAUCUUCUGGUUCAACCAACAAGAGAUCAGCUUUGGGGGCUGCCUUGCCCAGAUGUUCUUUAUCCACAUGUUCACAGGAAUGGAGACUGUUCUCCUGGUGGCCAUGGCUUAUGACCGCUUUGUUGCCAUCUGCAACCCUCUCCAGUACACCAUGAUCCUCACCAAUAAAACCAUCAGCAUCCUAGCUUCUCUUGUUGUUGGAAGAAAUUUAAUUCUUGUGACUCCAUUCGUGUUUCUCAUUCUGAGGUUGCCCUUCUGUGGGCAUCACAUCAUCCCUCAUACGUACUGUGAGCACAUGGGUCUUGCCCGGUUGGCCUGUGCACCCAUCAAGGUCAACAUUAUCUAUGGGCUCAUGGUGAUUUCUAAUAUCAUUGUGGAUGUGAUCCUGAUUGCCUCCUCCUAUGUGCUUAUCCUUCGAGCUGUUUUCCGCCUUCCUUCUCAGGAUGCCCGGCUAAAGGCUCUCAAUACCUGUGGUUCUCAUGUCUGUGUCAUGCUGUGCUUUUACACGCCAGCUUUUUUUUCUUUUAUGACACACCGUUUUGGCAGAAACAUUCCCCGCUAUAUCCACAUUCUUCUGGCUAAUCUUUAUGUGGUUGUCCCACCGGCCCUUAAUCCGGUCAUCUAUGGAAUCAGGACCAAACACAUCCGAGAGAGAGUUGUGAAGAUAUUUGUACAGAAAUAA